UGUCAACCAUUCUGUAAUAUUUUAAAGAGUGUUUCAAAUCCAAAAAUCUCUAUAUAUACUCGUUUUACAAACAAUAUGUUUAUCCGUGAAGAGAUUUUACGAAAUGGUUUUAGCCUUUUACAUAAAUAUUAUAGUGUCUCAUUUUUAAUUCAUAAUCUCAUUUACUUUCCAUCACUUUUCGCACUUUACACGUCUACAACUUUUCAUAACUCAAAUUGGAUGAGUUUCCGACGGUUCCGACUGUAUAAUACUCUUACCUUUACCGGAAUUGCAGUCGGUGUAACUAGGUAACUGAAGCGGUUCAGAGCCGCUGAUGCGAUCCUGAGAGACUAUCACUUCUCGCCUUGCUCCUUGCAGUUUGACAUAAGAAGGAGAAAGACGUAUGCAGAUCGUUGGCUAGUUAGCACCUUUACUCGGUGGACACUUCGCCAGGUGGAUACAACUGUGAGAUUGUUGUACCGCCCAUUGAUGCAAUCAGCAAAAAAGGCGAAUAGAGCUUGUUUUUUUUUUAAUAUCUCUUCAAUUAUAAAUAAGCUACAUGCACUUAAUAUAAUGUUCAACAUGCUAAUUGUAUAAAAUUUUCUAUAAAACACUAUUCAGUUCAUAAACGGAGUAUGCCUGGAAACAGGUAUAAAAAUAAUACCUUAAAUUGGGAUCCAUCCGUAACCCGAACAUCUGACAACUUAUCAAUAUACCGAAGAUUAAUCACAAAUCAUGUUCUGCUGACUCCAGAUCAGGUUUCUGGACUUCAAAACUAUUACACCACAAUGGAGAGAUCCCUCAUAACCCCAAGAUCAAAGAGUGCUUUCACGUUUUGAAAUCGGACACGUUUGCCUCAUAUAUAACAGUUUAUUGCCAAAAUCUAGCCCUCUAUCGCGGAACGUGCCUCCUGCCACCAUCAUGAACACCAUCCUCUAAUCUCCAUAUCGAAAUCUAUUGUAAUUUAUCCAUAUCAAUAACCUUACAAUAACAGCAAUACGGCCUUUUCGGACUGCUCCUUCUAAAUAAAAAAAACCUUAUAUUUAAUAAUAAUAAAUUUCACAAGAAUAUCCGGGAGGUUACCUCUAGCAGAAAAUGGCUUGCAAAGAAGAAUGUAACCGAACAAAAUAAAACUUCAGAUUUGAUGUAAAGCGUACGCUGAAAGUAUCGAAUGAAAUAAUUUUAAAAGUAGUAAGAAACAUUGAGUAAGCUUAUCGCUCAUUUCUGCAACAAGUGCUGACAAUAUAGCAAAAAAUAUUAAUAUUGAAAAAUAAUUACAUAGAUCGUUUGGAUGAUUGAUGAACCAUUUACAAAAAAAUUAUGUACGCGUUUUAAUGUAGAUAGAUUAAAUCAAAUGUCGUAUGCAUAGUGUAGUCUUUUGUUCGUCUUGGGGCGAAAUUAGGAUAGCUACUUUUCAGUAUUACAUGUACAGCCUUUCUCCGAGUUACGUAAAUAAUGUGUUCCGAUUUUCUUGGAAUUUCGCGUACGUCGAAUAUCACGUUCUUCAGACUAAAUUUUAUUGAUAAAUGGUUAUUUUUUAUUUAAUUUAGCGCAUUUAUGCACUAAAUUCCUUAUUAAACACAGAUCGUAUAGACGACUAAAUUAUUUCUGUCUUUUUAAUAAUUUCUAACAUUCAAUUAUAAUACAAUUUAUUUAGCGUUUGACAAUUAUUGGAGAAAAUUUUACUGAUUUGACAUAAUAAAUGUCAAAAUUAAAAAUUCGCAUAACUCUAAUUAGUGAAACUCGGGAAAUUAUGGUAAACUCAAUCAUUCUAUCUAUAAAAAGUUUAUCUUGCGUGAUGGUCGAGAAUGUUAUUCUUCUUCUUCAUUAGGCACAACAACAACCGUUCUCGGUCAAGGCCUGCCCUGUACCAUUUUGUGGGCUUGGCUUUCAGUGCCUUAUGGAUUACCCCAUAUAGCAGGAUAGUCAAUCCUAGGUUUGGGGGCACGGUCCAUUUGGGGCUUGAACCUAUUACGGGUAUGUUGUUAAGCCGUACGAGUUGACGACUGUACCACGAGACCGGUCCGGAUGGUUGAGCAUAGAUCGGCCCAAAAGGUCACAUCGUCAUUGUUGUGGUAAUUCUUACCUAUCUUAGCUUAUUGCGAAAGGCAUAGUAUAUUGUAAAAUUCCCAAAUUUCCCACUACACCUUGGGCAAAAAAAAAAACAACAGGAACGGAAAUAAAAUACCGUUCUAGUAUAUCGCAAAUUAUAGCUAAUUUUUCCGGAUUUUUUACGAGACUUGGAUCCAUGACGGACAUACUUCAUGGUCAAACUACAUGACAAUUGUACUACAUUUGACAGGCCAUGGUAUACUUUUUUUAUUUAACAAAUACAAUAAAUUAUAAAAAUCUCUACCUCAUAGAACUUAAGAUUUUUGUUGAGGUAUGUAGUAAAUACAUAGUCAGUUACCAGUGCUCUAUAACCAACACCUUAAAAGAGCCGUAACUGUAUCUUCAGCGGCAAUGGUCUAAAGACAAAACCUUAACAAAACCGUAACUGUAUCUUCUGCACGGAGUACGAGUUUCUUAAGUAAACAUUUUCUUUCGGAUUUUUUUCUGUACCUUCAUUUGAUAUGACGGUGACAACGCGUAAGCAUGAAUCGCGCGUGUGAUGGAGUGCCCUGCUCAGCUCUCACGUAUAAAUAAGCUUCGCAACGCUUUCAAAAGCAUACACUUGUCUGGUGUACAGCAAACAUCAAGGUAGUCCAACAUGAACUUCUUCACUGUGUCGGCCAUCGCCCUGGUUGCCAUCAUUGGCUCCAUCCAGGCUGAGCAUUCGCCGCUUCCGCACUACUUCGUUCGGAAGAGCUUCCCGGAGGCUCAGGCUGAGUGCGCCGUCUACCUGCAGGUGCCGGACGAUCGUCUGCAGCGCUACAUGCGUGAAGGAUACCCGGAUGAGCCAGAAGUCCACUGUCUGGUGCUGUGCGUCCUGGAGAACCUGCGCGCAUGGGAGAACGGUACGCUCCACGAGAACGUGCUUGCUAACUACUUCGUCCCGGCCACGGAGGACUGCGACAAUGCCAAGCGUACUGAGCGUUGUCUGGUGUACCUGCCGCAAGAGUGCAACGGUGAGCCGUGCGUGCAAGCCUACCGUGCCUUCCAGUGCUACUACCAGAACUAUGGAACGCUCACCACCUGCCCCGAGUACGUCCCGAGCUACUACGGUGAGGAUCUGCAGCUGGCCUACGACCUGUUCGACAUGCUGGAUGUGUCGGAGGACACCCGCCGCAAGCUGGCUGGAGGAUGCUUCCCAAGCGGACCUGAGUCGCAGUGCUUCUUCUUCGCGUACGUGACUCGCUUCGGUGCCUGGUCCAAGGAUGCUCCGCUCCUGCACAACCUGUACACUCAGUCCCAGGAGGAUGCCUUCAAGAAGGACAACGCCGAGACUAACGUCUGCCUCACCAACCUGAACAAGCUGGCCUGUCACAAGACCCGGUGCGAGCACGCCACUGACGUUUUCAGCCAGUGCUUCGGCAACACUGAUCUGUACAAGCACUUCCUGGCUGUGUUCAAGGAUGCUGCCAUGACCUACACCAGGCAGUAAAAAGCAGGUCGAUUCAACGACUUGUUGCAUCGGACAAAAGAAUCAAUAAAUUGCUUAAAAUAGAAUGAAUUGAAAAACAAGCAUGUUUUUAUUAGUGUUCUGGUCCUCUCAAAUCAAGAGAUUUGUUGUACUGCUUCUACUACUAUAACAAACUUUAUAACCUAACUGCUAAAAGCAGAAAUUGAUGCAUUGAUUUCUCCUCCUGUUCUGAUCUUUUGUUAGUUUGUCUGUGGCUAUGCACAAUUCGAGCUAUGUGACUUUGCUCUAUAGAGUUAUAAUUCUAUGGAGGAGUAGAUUGUCAAACAUUUACAUCUGCAAUUAGUGAAGGUCUGCGCUACGUUACUAUAUAAGUGUUUACUGUGUCCUGCGAUGCCAUAAGUGGCGAACAAAAAUUAUGCUUAAACAUAAAUUUAAUUUACUAUCCUAUACGUAUACGUUUAACGAAAUACUUUAUUUAAGCAUUAACCAGGGUGUAUAUUGGUAGACGUGCUGGCUCUAAUAUUUCUAAUAUUCCUCCAUUAGUGUAUGUCUUUUCAUCCGUAUCCCAGUAUGCGUUACAUGGUUAAUGAGUAUAGAUAUAUGAGUAUAGAUUUACAGUAUUGCCCCAUUUUAAUUCAGGUUUUGCUAAACUCGCUGGUUUUUCAAUAUGUCAUGACCUCGUAGACGAAUGUUAGUCACAAAAUUGUCCAUUUAUAUUGCUUACAUCUUCUUCUUCUAUUUGGUGUAACGUCCUACGCGGACAUGCCGGCCUAUAUACAGGCUUUCGAGACUUUAUUCAUUACCACGCAGCCGGAUAGUCAAUCUUUGCUACGGGGGGACGGUGCACUAGGAUUGCGCCCAUGACGUGCAAGCCUUUGAGUCGUUCGAAUUGACGACUGUACCACGGGACCGCCCCGCUUACAUAUCCGGCGCUAAAGCCCCAUUGGCAGGCUUGGCCUACAGUGGGAGUAUUCGAAACCGUUCACGGUCUCGCGCCUUUUAACUGCCAAUAUGUUAUCUCGACCGUAUCAGGUAUUUUUUUUACAAUUUCUCCCAAAGGUAGAAUCGUCCUCCAUAAUCAACAUAUUGAUUGAGUCAAAAACGGCAUACAAAAAGAAA